UUUUUUUUUUUUUCUAUAGCGUCUGUGACGGAAAGAGUUCAAAUGCGCAAGUGCAAAGUUGGAUUUACAACAUGGUGGAACGUAGGAAAGGCAGAAAACGCAAAGAUGAAAUUUCAAGUUUAGAUAAUGAAAUUGCUCAGGAUAAACCAUCGAAAGAAGAAUAUGCUGUAGCCAAGUGGAUUCGUAACAAUGUACCUUCCAAAAAGACUAAAUUUGACAGAAAUCAUAAUGUUGAAUAUUUCACUGGUACUCGUGCAGUCGAUGCACUAUUGGAAAACUCACCCUGGAGUAAGACUAGAUUCGAGACUCGAGAACAAGUUACAAAAUUUCUUGACAUUAUGUUGAGGCACAAGUUUUUCCAUAGAGCUAAAAAAGUAGUAAUAUCUGAAGAGGAGCUUUGUAAAAUUCGUGGUAUUAAGAAGAAAAUUAAAGAACCAAAGGAAGAGAAGAAGUCUAAUGAAAAAGAAAAAGAAGAUCUAAAGGAAAAUAAAGAUGCAUCAAAUAAAGAUAAUGAAGAAAAAUCUGAUGAACGAAAAGAAAUUAAGAAGAAAUCAAAAGUGCGACUUGAAAUGCAUAUGGAACAAUAUUUCGUAGAUUGUAAUGAUGCUUACGUUUGGAUAUACGAACCAAUACCAGUUUAUUAUUGGUUUUUUGGUACCUUGGUAGUAUUAGGAGCAAUUGGACUUUGUUUAUUCCCGUUAUGGCCCCUAACUAUUCGUCAGGGAGUAUAUUAUUUAAGCGUAGCUGCUGCUGGAUUGCUUGUAUUCAUCCUUGCAUUAACUAUUCUUAGAAUGAUCGUAUUCUGUCUUCUUUGGGUACCUACUCUUGGUAGGUGUCAUUUUUGGUUAUUACCCAAUUUGAUAGCAGACGUUGGCUUUUUCGCAUCAUUCUGGCCAUUAUAUCAGUAUGAAUAUUAUGGUGCUUCAAAUGAAAGCGAUAAAAGAGGUAGUAAAAAGAAAAAGAAGAAGGACAAAGAUUCUGAUACUGAAGAAGCCCCUAGUACGUCUACCGAAGAUAGAUCUAAUAUGGAAGAAUUACCAAAGGAUGAGACAAACAGAAUCGAAGAGAUUUCUAAUGGAGACAAUAAGAAAGUUUCUGUUAGCGAAUCAGCAGAAGGUUCUGAGGGUAGUGAAGAAGGUUCAGAAAGUGAAAAAUCAAAUACAGGUCGUGAUUUUGUAAUGGUAUAAAACAUAUAUUGUGGCAUUAAUUAUCUCCAUGUUCAUUUGAACAAGUAAAAAUUAAUUCGAUGAUUAAUCGUUAAAAUUGACAUAUGCUUUUAUGUACAUUACUAAUGCAUAACUGUCAAAUAAUCAGGUUAUUAUAAUUAAUUUGAUAAUUUGAGGGACGGGAAAAGAUGUUAAUGUCAAAGUACUAUGGAAAAAGUGAAAAUAU